AUGCCUGGCAAGAGGGUGAAGAGCGAGGCGGACGCAUCGAGAGUUGCCAAGGCGGUCGCGUCGGAGAAGUCGCCCUGCGCAGCUGCAGCUCCACAGGGAGCCUUGGCCGCGCCACAACAGCAGGAUCCGAAGGUCGAGGCAGCGCUCUCCCCUGUCCCUGCCGUGGGCCACCUGCCGCCCGCCACGCCAGUUCUACAGACUGAAGAAGUUGUCGCACCGUCCCGACGUACAGCAGCGAAGUCGCGACCACCCACCCCGCAGGCCACUGUCGGUGGAGAGAGUGGGAGUUGGCUGUACCAGGACAAGGCCACGUACAACAAGUUCUACUACCGAGCGAAGGCGGUGCCCGAGAUCAAAGAGAUGUGGGAGAACGAGAUCAAGACCACGAUGAGCGAGGCUGACCAGCGGGAGUGGGUGAGCAGCAUCAUCUCCACGAAGGCAGGCGUCCCGCCCGACUGCGUGGUCCAGCGUCGCAAGGAGCUCAUCCAGACCCAGGAGGAGAUCAAAGCUGGCGCGUGGAUGACCUUCCACGGGGCAGCCAGUAAAGACGGAGAGGUUGCGGUGAAAGAGAUGCUGAGGUUCGGCGCGCUCAAGUCGAGGCCAAACUCAAAGCUGCCGCCAGACGCGGAGCUCAAGUGGCCGUGCACGCUGGAGGUGGCGCGCGCGGUGGAGAAGUGGAGCGACGCGACUACCGCCAAGAAGUCCGAGCGCGUCGACGACCACGAGGGGUGGAACCAGGAUGAGAUGGAGGAGUUCAGCAAGGCUACCAAGCGCCUUUCGGCGAAGGUGAAGGAUGCGACCAUCGCUGCGUCUUCGAGCGGGGCAGCUACACCAGGAGGGGCCGCGCCUCAGGCGAACGACGGGACGGGCGGGCAGGGCGCCCCGCCCCCUGCAGAGCGGGAUAAGGUCUGCGUCACGAACGCCAAGAAGAGCCACACCCUUUGGGAUCGGACCCGUCGGGAGUGGCACGCUCUAUGCGUGCGCUCCAAGUCGUGUGAGAACACCCGCGGCUGCAAGAUCGAAUCGGACCUCGAGACCCUCUUGAAGGAGCUGGACGCGCUCGACCAGGACAUCAUGGGCGUCGAGACGAAGUUCCUGUCGGCCACCGCGCUUACAGACGAUGACAUCACCACCACGGCGAACAACGUGCAGCAGCUGGUUGACAAGAUCAAGAUCGGCAACAAGAAAGCUACUGCGCUCAAGCCCUGGUUCAAGCUUG